AUGUCUUACCGGAGUCAAAUGCAAACGAAUGCGCCAAUCGCCAAAACCCAACCAGACAGUGCAAUAAGUGAAGCACUCACAACUGUGUCUAAUACGAACAGACCUGCAAAUCAGAAUGCAUCUGGAGAUACAGGGGACAAUAAUUCACCUUGUGAGCAGGCGAAAAAAAGCGGCGUUGAUCAGUCUAAUGUAGUAACGCAUGGGGGGAAAUUGGCAAGCGUACUUCAGGCUGCAAGUGCACCACAUGCCUUGGCAACUUGCACAAAAGCAUUUCCUUCUACGCCCCCAAUAAUUACCUCCAAAACCUCAGGACCAAUUAAUAACACAGCGGUAACUAACAGCCCUCCGGAGAACAAGACGAAUUUAAUCAUCAACUACCUCCCCCCGAACAUGAGCCAAGAGGAAGUGCGUGCUCUGUUUUCGAGCAUCGGCGAGGUGGAGAGUUGUAAGCUGGUCCGGGAAAAGACAUCUGGUGAGAGCUUGGGAUAUGCCUUUGUCAAAUUCUAUGAUCCGGUGGAUGCAGGAAAAGCUAUAAAAACCCUUAAUGGUCUGAGACUGCAGAAUAAAACAGUCAAGGUGUCUCUAGCUCGACCCAGUUCGGAAGCAAUCAAAGGCGCAAAUUUGUAUAUUUGUGGCCUGCCGCGGAAAAUGACGCAACCGGAGUUGGAGAAACUAUUCAGCGCUUGCGGACACAUUAUCACUGCGAGGAUAUUGUACGAUACGAAAACCGGCUUAUCUCGUGGUGUUGCUUUUAUUCGCUAUGAUCAGCGCACGGAAGCUGAGGCCGCGAUUCGCAAACUGAAUGGCUAUCUGCCACCCGGAGCAACCGAACCCAUUACAGUUAAAUUCGCCAAUUCUCCAAGCUCAAAUCGGGCAGAAAACAUGAGUUUGGGUUUAAUGAAGUCCGCUGAUGGUGAUACAGUGUCCAGAUUUGCUCCAGGCUGCGGCAUUUCCACUAACGGCCCAGUUAGUCCACUUGCCGGAAUUGAUAUGUCGCCUCCCCUGGACGGAUGUAGUUCACUCUCAUGUCGCUCGCAGAAUAUGAUGCCCGGUAUACAUCCGCUGGGGCAACCCCGUCCAUUUCCACCAGGACGUGGUACCAGCGAUUCUGGGCAGAAUGACCGAACUCCGCCCCCUGGGUUCGUUUAUCAGGCGCACCGUCCAAACGUGAGUCACUCAUGUACGAUAGCCUGUAACAACACCUGUGGCUUUACCAACACCAUCGAGUGCGGUCCAAACUCCAGUCCUUUGGUCGCACCGACCCCUAAUUGUUUCUCACCCCAAGUGCUACCGAACAGCUAUCCGCUUCCAUCAACCCACGGUGGCCCGGCUGUGCGCCCCGAUGGAUCCAUGUUUCAGCGUCCAUCAGGAACAGGACGCCUGAAGUAUCACACGGCAGCUGCAAAUACAGCCACUGGUGUAAGUCUGCGAUUCCCCAACAGUAUGUUAGGCGGUUCAGUGCCACCGAAUUUUCCCACAGGGCUACCCAGUUUUGGAAUGGACUUUAUGCGUAGCCUAGGUCCCAGUGCCCAUGCACUUCUGGCGCCGGCAUUUGCAGCAAGUUCAGGUGCUCUAACGGCCACUGGUUGGUGCAUCUUUGUAUACAAUCUCGCUCCGGAUACCGAGGAAUCCACGUUGUGGCAACUUUUCGGACCCUUUGGUGCGGUUCAAACGGUCAAAGUUAUUCGGGAUCCACUCACAAGCAAGUGUAAGGGCUUCGGUUUCGUCACCAUGAGUAAUUAUGAGGAAGCACUGCUUGCUAUCCACUCGCUUAACGGAUUCAAUCUUGGCAACCGAGUACUCCAAGUUUCUUUCAAAACAACGCCAAAUUCAAAACACAUGAAAUAUACGCCUAAUAUUGCUCCCGAAGUUGCCAUGGGGACGGGUUUACAGAGUUCACUCACUCCCGUGCCCAGUUCAUUUGGAAAGCAUGUU